CUGUUUGAAACCCUAUACGGUGCUGCCACCUGGAUUGCGAUACCUGUCGAUACCUGUGUGUCGUCAUUUAAUCGAUUUGUUUAUAAAUAAUAAGCAGUAGCGGAAUUUUACUGAAAUAUUUAUCCAGAAAGAGGGCUGGCAAUUAAUGCAGCAGCAUGCACCCAGCGCAUUGGAAUAGAGAACAUUUUAAAGCUUGCCAAAUCAUCCUGAAUGGAGCUUCAGCCUCCGUGCAAUAGCAAGAACACGGGGCCGUCUUGUUGUUGAGUCAUCAACAAUUAACAACAAAAACAAGAGCAGCAGCAGCAGCAGAAGCAGCCUUGGGGGCGACCGUUAACACCACCCGACGAGUUAGACGGUGCCACAGGUGAGAGGCACACACGAGACAAGGCGUAGUCUUUCGCCUUGAUGGCGUAAGCUGAUCCAACAAACCACCCCAUCAUCAUCGCCCAUCAACCACACAUCAGGCGUUACGCGUCGUUGACUAAGAGCAUCGCACACACGUUUCUCUAACGCUCCACUCGCCCAAUAAAAACUAUGGAGGACUACAAAUUCCUAUUCAAAAUCGUGCUCGUUGGGAACGCGGGCGUUGGCAAAACCUGCCUGGUGCGGCGCUUCACCCAGGGCCUCUUUCCCCCCGGCCAAGGAGCCACUAUUGGCGUGGACUUUAUGAUCAAGACCGUGGAGGUGGAGGGUGAGAAGAUCAAGCUACAGAUUUGGGACACUGCCGGCCAGGAGAGAUUCCGUUCGAUCACCCAAAGUUACUAUCGAUCCGCUCACGCCCUGAUCCUGGUGUACGACAUCAGUUGCCAGCCCACGUUCGACUGCCUGCCCGACUGGCUGCGUGAGAUACAGGAGUACGCCAACUCCAAGGUCCUCAAGAUACUCGUGGGCAACAAAACGGAUCGCGACGACCGCGAAAUACCCACACAAAUUGGCGAAGAGUUUGCCAAACAACAUGACAUGUACUUCCUCGAAACAUCCGCCAAAGAGGCUGAGAAUGUGGAGCGUUUAUUCUACGAGAUUGCCGCUGAACUGAUUGGCCAGGCCCGCAGCAAAGACGGCAGCAGUGCUGCAGCUGCUGCGGCCGCCCAGCGGCAGUCGGACGGCAGUUCCAUUGGAUUAGCCAGCUUAGGUGCCAAAGCAGCGCAGAGCAAUUGCUGUGGCGGUCUGGCCAAUGCUGGCGGAGGUGGCAGCGGCGGUGGUGCAAACACUAGUCAAGGCGGCUGAAAAGCGGUAGUAACUGAAAAACUAAAAUGAAAUUUGUAACUAGUUUAGGGCUUAAUCGUGAUACUCAAUCUGAUCUUUUAAUAGAUAAUUAGACAUUCAUCUGCAGUCCCUGUUUUCCCCAUGUAUUUAUUAUAAUUUCAAAUGCAAGAUAUUUUACUUUAGUUCCCCAAAGUUGCCCAAAAUCACGAUUAAGAUCUUUGAAAAACUAGCCAACACUUGACUAUGGAUGCUAAAUAUUUGUGUUAAAAGUCGAACUCCAUUGGAUGUGUAGUCGCCUGAUUAAAGCGCCUGAUUUUCUUGAUUAGUAUUAUACAUAAACAUAGACAUACAAUAGAUAUUGUAUCAAGUGAGCAUCACAUUUAUGUAAUAUCAACAUUGCAAUGCACACAAAUUCCUGUUUUUAAAAUUGAUUGUAUUGUUUCCGAAGGAGUAUUUUGUAUAUUUUAUACAUUAACAAAGGUAUCUUUUUUUUGUAACAUUUUUGUAUACAUUUACCAACCUGCAAUAUGCGUAUUUAUUUGACAUUAUUUUGUAAUGUGCAACAACCAUUUCAAAUGCAAUUUUUAAACUGGUACUCGUAUUUAGAGUGUAAGGUGAUUUUAUGACAUUCCAAAAAUUAAUUAUGUAGUUGACAAAAUAUGAGAUAAAAGGAAAUGCUGGAUGGAAACUAAACUAAAUAAAUAAUAAAUCCAUUUGUAAUUUAA